CAAAAGAAAAAGGGAGAGACAGAGAGCGAAAAAUCUGUAUGAAGGCAUUAGCAAAAUCCGAAAGCGCUCCUCCGUUGUCUGUAAUCCACUCUCGCUAGCUCUGUUCCUGUUUCGACAAGCUCGAGUUUCAUCAAUGGCGUCGACGGAGAUGCAGAAACCCAAGGAAGCAGAACUCUCCGAUCCAGUUACUAUAAAAGGCCUUGACACAGUUAUCCACCAGGCAUCGCUUACAGAACGUCUCGAUUCAUCCGCCAAUCCAUCUACUCGACCUUCUGAUCCUGCAACGGAUGUAACGAAGAAGGAAGGAGAAGAAUCAACGGAAAGCGCCGCUGUGAGUAGCGAAGAUAUGACGUGUCCAGGUGCUGCCGACGCUCCAGUGUCUGAUCUUCAGAAAAAGAUCCGUCGUGCAGAGCGUUUCGGGAUGUCCGUUCAGCUCUCCGAAGAAGAAAAGCGGAACUCUCGAGCCGAAAGGUUUGGCACUGCACCUGCCUCACAUGGAUCAAAUGUCUCUCAGAAAUCAGAGGAGCAGAAGAGAAAAGCUAGGGCGGAGAGGUUUGGGCUUCCGUCACAGUUGCUUGCCAAUGAGGAGGCGAAGAAGAAAGCUCGUUUAGCUAGAUUUGCAUCAGUUUCCAAGAUGGAUAAUGCUGAAGAACAGAAAAAGAAGGCAAGAGAAAUCAGGUUUUCAGAAACUACAUCUGGUGCUUCAUCAAAAGUCAAUGGGAGGGCCAAUUCUGUGCAGACGGCUAUUGUGGCUAAGGCCCAUGGAGGGACUUAGUGUUGGUGGCUUUAUUUAACAGCUCUCCCAUUUGGCAGAUAUAAUCUUCUGGCAUUUUGUACUUUCCCUGAUGGCUUCUAAGCCAGUGUUUACUUUUGCAUAUAUGGACUUGCAAAUGACUAAGGUUGAGCUCGACUAGUUCUCAUACCAUGUCUUCUACAAGGAUGGAGAAAAAUGUUGGCAGCGUGGAACUGUUUUUCUUUACGGUGAUGCAUUGUAGACGUAUUUAUGAUGUGGGAGCAGGAAAAAAAUUCAUGGAGACUGUUGGACUGGAGGAAUAGAUCGGUUCUCGACAUGACUGACAUUUUGUGUUCUACUCCAAUUAAUUUUUAUUUAUUUAUUUUUUUUUUGGCAAAUAUUUUCUAUCUUCAUUAGAAUGAUUAAACCUGGGUUCUGAAGUGGCAUUCUCUGUGAGAAUGAAUGGUGGCUAUUGUUCUAUUGGAGGAAAUUGUGCAGAUACAGGUUUAAAUAGGGAACUUCAUGGAUUUAUCUUUUUAA